AUGUCGGCGGCAUUCUCGGACUUCGGCCCGCUCACGGAGCGGCGCCGCGUCGAGAAGCAGCGGCAGCAGCGCAGGCGCGUCAUGUUCGCCGCCGCCGGCGCGUCGGUGGUUCUCAUCCUCAUUGUCAUGGGCGGCGCUGCCGUCGCGUACAACGCUAGCGUCCAGGACGAGGAGUCGGAUGACUCGUCGUCCUCCUCUUCCUCCUCGCUCUCUUCCCCUUCCGGCGGCGGCGGCUCGGGGUCGAGCCUGAUCAGCGUGUCCAAGAGCGUCAAGGUGGUGUGUGCUCAGACCGACCACAGGGACGCCUGCGAGAAGAGCCUGUCCAAGGCCGCGAACGCCAGCGCGUCGUCGCCCAAGGACAUCGUCCGCGCCUCCGUGGCCGUGAUCGGGGACGCCGUCGGGAAGGCGUUCGACCGGUCGGCGCUGGCCACCAGCGACAACCCGCGCGUGAAGGCCGCCGUCGCGGACUGCAAGGAGAUCUACCAGGACGCCAAGGCCGACCUCGCGCGCACGCUCCGCGGCAUCGACGCCGGCGGCAUGGACGAGGUCACCAAGCGCGGGUACGAGCUCCGCGUCUGGCUCAGCGCGGUGAUCGCGCACAUGGAGACGUGCAUCGACGGGUUCCCCGACGGGGACCUGAAGAAGAACAUGACCGCCACGAUGGAAUCCGGGAAGGAGCUGACCAGCAACGCGCUGGCCAUCAUCGAGAAGGCCUCGUCGUUCCUCGCCGCGCUCCACAUCACGGCGGCCAGCCACAGGAGGUUGUUCAGCAUCCGCGAAGGUGAAGACGUGGAGAAGCAGCCCAAAGUCAACCACUCGGGCACUUUCCUGGGCGAGCGCGGCGACGACAGCCCGGCGCCCGACAGUUACCGGAGGUUGUUCAGCAUCCGGGAAGGUGAAGACGUGGAGAAGCAGCCCAAAGUCAACCACUCGGGCACUUUCCUGGGCGAGCGCGACGACAGCCCCGCGCCCGACAGUUACCGGAGGAGGCUGCUCGGCGUCGAGGAAGACACCGCACCGUGGGUGAACGCCCCGGAGAGGAGGCUGCUCAAAGGCAACAACUUCCAGAGCAGGCUGACGCCCAACGUGGUGGUGGCCAAGGACGGCAGCGGCAAGUUCAAGACCAUCAACGAGGCGCUCAACGCCAUGCCCGCCAAGUACACCGGAAGGUACCUGAUCUACGUGAAGCAGGGGGUGUACGAGGAGUACGUGACGAUCACCAGGGCCAUGGAGAACGUGACCAUGUACGGCGACGGCGCCAUGAAGACCAUCAUCACCGGCAGCAGGAACUUCGCCGACGGCCUCACCACCUACAAAACCUCCACCUUCAACGAGCAGGGCGACGGCUUCAUCGGCAUCGCGCUGGGGUUCCGCAACACGGCCGGCGCGGCGAAGCACCAGGCGGUGGCGCUGCUGGUGCAGUCGGACAGGUCCAUCUUCCUCAACUGCCGCAUGGACGCGUACCAGGACACGCUGUACGCGCACUCCAAGGCGCAGUUCUACCGCAACUGCGUCAUCUCGGGCACCAUCGACUUCGUGUUCGGCGACGCGGCCGCCGUGUUCCAGAACUGCAUCCUGGUCCUCCGCCGCCCCAUGGACAACCAGCAGAACAUCGCCACGGCGCAGGGCCGCGCCGACGGCCGCGAGAGCACGGGCUUCGUGUUCCAGUACUGCCGCUUCACCGCCGAGGCGGCGCUCAGGGACGCGUCCCGCCCCGCCAUCCGCAGCUACCUCGCCCGCCCCUGGCGCGAGUUCUCGCGCACGCUCAUCAUGGAGUCCGAGAUCCCCGCGUUCAUCGACAAGGCCGGCUACCUGCCGUGGAACGGCGACUUCGGGCUCAAGACGCUGUGGUACGCCGAGUACGCGAACCGGGGGCCCGGCGCCGACACCGCUGGCCGCGUCACCUGGCCAGGGUACAAGAAGGUGAUCAGCAAGGACGAGGCCGCCAAGUUCACCGUGCAGAGCUUCUUGCACGCCGAGCCGUGGCUCAAGCCCGCCGGCGCGCCGGUGAAGUACGGCUUCUGGGCGUGAGGACGUGCUCGUGGCGCGCAUGCAUCUGAUUCCGAGGAACCUAGAGGACGCGAUCCACAGCGACGUAUGGAAGCGGAGGUCGGUUACCAAAUGUGGCGCUGUUCAGUUGUUGGGAGC